AUGUCGAAAAUGUACAGCAAUCGAAACCGUAACCAGAAGCAGCAUCAGCAGCAGCCUAUCUCUGAGUCGCCCAUCAAGGUCGUCCAGAUUGAUGGACUGGUCAUCUUGAAGAUCAUCAAGCACUGCCAGGAGGAGAACUGCUCUCCCGAGACGCAGGGGCAGCUGCUCGGUCUGGUGUACGAUAACCGGCUGGAGAUUACCAACUGCUUUCCGCUGCCGCGCUCCAACGAGGACGACGAGACGGAAGAUACGAUGGAUUACCAGUACACGAUGAUCCGCCACUUGCGCAACGUCAACGUGGACUACCUGCAGAUUGGCUGGUACCAGUGCAACCCCUAUGGAAGUAAUCUGAACAAGCUGGUCACCGUCGACUACCAGUACCAGUACCAGACGUCCUGCGACGAGGCGGUGGUCCUCUUCUUCGACCCGAUUCGCACGCAGCGCGGCUUUCUCUCACUCAAGGCCUACCGCCUGACCAAUCUGGCGAUGUCCCUCUGCAAGGACGGCGAGUUCAAGCCGGAGACGCUGCGCCAGAGCAAGAUGUCCUACGAGAAGUUCUUCGAGGAGAUUCCCAUCGUCAUUCGCAACUCGCACCUGAUCAAGGCGCUGCUGCUGGAGAUCGAGCAGGACAUGAGCAUCGACGCCGGCCGGCAGAUUCUCGACAUUGGCGGCUUCUCCAUCGUCGAGAAGAGCCUCCAGUCGCACAUCAAGUCGGUGGAGGAGCUGAACAAGCAGACGUACACGCUGCGCAAUGAGGUGAUCAAGAAGCACGAGAUUGCCCGGGAGAAUCUGAACCGCGCCAACGCCAAGCUGCAGCCCCUGGGCGAGGAGGAGGUGGCCAAAAUUAUGAAGCCCUUCAAGCAGACGCCCAUUCAGCGUCUGGAGAACAUGCUCACCUACUCGCAGAUUUCCAACUACAGCCAACAGUCGGCUCUAAACGCCACCACCAACAUUGGUGUGAAGAAGGAAAAUAAUUAA